GAUAGCACCAGAAGUCAUUGUAUUUGUUAUCGGUUACUGGGUAGUGGUCCAAAACAGAGAACAUGUCCCUGGCCAGUAGAAUCCUGCAACAAGGCUCUCGCCUGUGGAGUGGACUCAGUGCCGCACGCGGCUUUCACAUUCUCAUGCGACCGGCGGCUCCUACGACAGGAACCAUGCAAAACACGCAACUGAUGGCCGUCGCAAGUGGGAUUCCACAAGGAUCGGGACUCCUGAUUCCCGGCUCCACACUGGUCCAACAGGUGGCAGGGUUCAAGGUCAAAGGUCGCCUGAAGCGACGCUGCAAGGACUGCUACAUCGUGGUGCGUCAGGAGCGCGGUUAUGUCAUCUGCCCCACGCAUCCGCGCCACAAGCAGAUGUCGAUGAAGAAGCGCGACUACAAGUCCUGGAUCCUGACGCACGCCACCCAGUCCAAGGAGCGCGGCUAUUAGUCCUAAUUAUUCAUUAAUUAAAGCAUUUGUUUAAAUCUUGUUCUUAAAUAAACAACAUAAAAAAGAAGAAAUCCAA